GUUAUCAACCACGGUAGCUUGUUAGCCAAAAUAGCUAAAACGUUAACGCUCAUUAGACACUUUCAGUGUGUAUUAGCCACUGUUUUAAACACACGUAUGUCGUAUAGCUAGCUAAUUGUCGCAUUUAAUUUCAUUUUAUGUUGCUAGUAGUCAGCUAGCUGGCUGGUUAAAUUAGCAGGAGCACUUGACUUGUCAUUAAUGCUAACUAGCUAGCUAACAUCCCCGACCAUGAGCUCACUAAGCUACUCUCCCCCUGCCGAAGAAGAGGAGGUCUGCUGGACGGUGAAAGAGGAGAAGGAAGAGGAGGCUGUCACCGUCAAAAAAGAAGUCGCGGGUGAGGCUGUAACAGUGAAAGAAGAGGAAGAAGCUUUCCGAGUGAAACAGGAAGACGCGAAAGAGCAGGACGCAGAUGUUGGAGUGGAGGGGGAGAUCACUGUCACAUUGGACGAGGUAGACGUGUUUGGAGUGGACGAAGAGAAGACUGGAAAUCUGAUCAACACCAGAGCGAUAUCAGACUGUCACUCUGACAGAGGAAAGAGUCCUUCAGGGGAACCUGAUCCAGAGACGUCCAAACCAGUGAGGAGACACCACUGCUCCCAGUGUGGAAAGAUAUUUUCCAGGUUAAAGCACCUGAAAGAACAUAAGAGAACGCACACAGGGGAGAAGCCUUAUCAUUGCUCCCAGUGUGGAAUGGGUUUUGGACACUUGGGGUAUCUAAAAGUGCAUGAAAGAACACACUCUGUAGAGAGGCCUUUUCAAUGCUCUCAGUGUGGCCAGAGAUUUAUCCAGGCAUCGCAUCUGAAAGAGCAUGAGAGAACACACACGGGUGAUAAGCCUUUCCAAUGUUCUCAGUGUAAAAAGAGUUAUACCAAAUUAGGGAACCUGAAAAUGCAUGCGAGAAUACACACCGGAGAGAAGCCUUUCCACUGCUCCCUGUGCGAAAAGAGUUUUACCUAUUUAGGGAUACUGAAAAAGCAUGAAAUGACGCACACACGAGAGAAACCUUUCCAAUGCUCCCAAUGUGGGAAGAGUUUGACAGAACACACACAGGAGGGGAGAAGACCUAACGUUGUGAAGACCAGUUAAGGCCCCGGAAUAACCACCUCCAAAAUGA